AUUAUCCACAAGUGUUGAUCUCCUCAGACGGGAAGCAGCUUAGUAAUUAGACCUUAAUACCAGACAGUAUUUUCUUUUCUCAUUUUGAGCUGCAUUCGGCUAGAGGACUAUCGGCACUAUGAGGACGGUCUUGGUUUUGCUAGUCUUGGCCUCCAUCGCAGUCCAGAUUGUCUCUUCUUGUUCGGUUUGUAAAGGCGAGGGGCUGAAAUGCCACACCUGUGUGGCGGCGAACGAAGAGGAAUGUAACCGGCAAGGCUCACAGAACUGCCCGCAGUAUGCAGAUGCCUGCUCCACCAUCACGGGGCCCAACACCGUCAUGAAGUCCUGCUCCUACAAGUCCUUUUGCGACAAAGCGCACCAGAGCAACUCGGGCGUUAAGAUGGACUGCUGCUUCUCUGAUGACUGCAACGGGCCGCCCAAGGGCCGCAGCGCCAGCCAAGGGGGUCGCAAUGUGGGCUCUGUCCUGCACUGCAGCCCCACCCUCAUGCUUGGGGUGCUGUUGGUCAAGCUGCUCUUCAGCAAACUCUAAGAAAGGACAUAGCCCAACACAUAAUACCCCCCACCUUGUUCUCCUUUCCUUUCCACUCUCUAUCAGGUAAGGAGCCAGAUACAAUGAGCUCCUUGUCUUCUGUAUGGUUUAGAGCAAUUAUAUUGGAUCUGAUGGGUGUGUCCUGUCUUCUGAUUGUCACAUGCUGUGGCUGGUAACCAUUCCUAAUCAGUAAAAACAGUAAAAAUGUUUACUUUAUGCUGUAAUUGCACACUGAUACUGUCCUUUAUAUUAUAGGAGCAAUUGAUAGAGGCUGGGAUGUACUGUAAGUCAUAGAAUCACUCUCUUAACUAGAGGUGCACAGCAGAGCUUGCCAUAAGGCUCCCUGUUUUAUGGUUUGCUUUAUUCCUGAGAAGAAGCUUUUGAAAACAAGACUGGGAUCUGUUUUUUUUUUUUUGCUUUUUCCAUUGUCCGGUUUCAAGACCAGUCUCGCUUCACAUGCUUCAUUGCACCUAGUACAGUUUAUCUGAGUGAAAUACACCCUGCAGGUUUGCAGACCGCCAAGUAAAAGUGUGAUGUUUAAGGAUUGAGUUAAAAUGCUGUAGAAUGAGAAAAAAAAA